CCUUUGCCACAGCCAGAGCCGCGCCACUCCCCUCCCGUGUGAGCUUGGUGUGACAACUGAUACACCCUCAACUUCACGCCUUCAUCAUUUCGCAUGCAACGGUUGUCAGAAAAUAACUCGGGUCGAUGUGAGCAAGCUCGGGUAGUGUCCUUUCUCGCGUUCCCCUUUGAGAAUUCUUGAAAACUAACUUCUACGCACGCCGCGUGAAUGGAUCACCCGAAGCUUGCGCCCGUGAAGGUGAAACCGCAAUGUGCGGAAGGCGACGCAGCAGACGCGGCGUCAACGCAGCUGAACGAGCAAAGCGACUCUGCUCAGCCGCUGUCGCCAACGGCUCGGUUCUUCUUGUCGGACGUGUUCUACACCACCGUGCUGUGCGCGCUGGAGUUUAAAGACCGCCUGGCGAUCGACGAGCUCCGGACGAUCCUCUCGGAUACCCUUUUGAAGCAUCCUCGGUUUCACAGUCGCAUGGAGAAACGUGGCUGCAACGGCGGCGAGCAGGUGUGGGUGCGCACGCAAGUCGACUUGGCCUACCACGUCGUGGAAGGCACAGAAUCCGACCAAUGUGACAGUAACGAGGGAGCAGGGGGCGCGGAGGAAGCUGCAAGACCGGCAGAAUCAAGAAGCGCGGAGUCGGAAUCGCCGUGCUGCGAGGAGGGGAGUGUGGAGUGGCACAUGCGGCGCCUGCAGCAUAUGCCACCCUUCGACCCCUCCCACCCUCUCUGGCGCGUGCACCUGGUGUCUCUGCCCCACGGCCGAUCUGCUGCUCUCUUCCGCAUCCACCACUCCCUGGGCGACGGCGUGUCGCUCAUGUCCCUCCUGCUGGCCUGCACGCGCCGCACCGACGACCCCGCCCUCCUACCCACCAUCCCCGGCGCCAAGCGCCAGAGCCCCUCCCAGCCGCCGUUCAAGUCCCCGCGGGAACGGCAGCAAGCGGGGUUGAUGACGAGAAGCAAAGGAGCAAGCAAGGUGGCUCAAAUGGAGACGCUGGGGAGGAGGAGAGCAGUGGAGGGUUGGUGGUGAGUGAAGAGCUUCAGGAGCAGCUGGUUGAUGCGGAUCAGACUGAGGAAGAGAACUUAAAGCCAGGCCAGCCGCAGGGUCAGCUGCACAUGCCGUCGGCAGCGUCGGCGUUCACCCUUGACUCGAUGACUGCUUCGCCCUUCACCCCGCAGCCAGACGGGCUGACAGAAGACACGCCCACAGCAGCACAGGCUGCAGCAGGGGGGGGUGCUACCAGGGAGGAAGGGGC